CGGAGUGGGACUGCUCUGUAAGGCACGCAGUGGUUUGCAGAGUGAUAGCCGCAGACACAACUCCCAGCCCUGGAAAAGGAACAGCUACAGUUGCUGUAAAUGUGCCUGAAAAGCAAUUUCCAAUCUUUGCUUUAGCAGGCGUUUCGGCCGCGGAACAGGAGGGUCGGAGGACUGGGAGUGAUCGCUGCCGGGAGAGGCUGACUGCCAGGACCGGAGUUCCCAGGGACGCCGUGCCCCCACUUGCCCGCCGUGCGGGAUCGAGAAAGUGCCUGGACCUGCGCGGGAGCAGAGGGACGACGCCCCGCCUUCUCCCCGGAGGAGAACCCCAAACCUCGCUCCCUUCACCACCGCCCCCUUAAAAGCGGGGGGCUACACGAGAAGAGCCCCGGAGGUGGAUGUUACUGAGCUGCGCGGCGCACGCGAGCUGUGAGAGGUCUGCGCCUGGCCGCGCCGCGUCUCCAGAAGAUUGUCCCCCGCAGCCGGAAGGGGGCCGCGGGGAGCGCUCCUGCCCAGGGGCAGAGGCCGCGGGCCGCCCGGCCGCAGCUCGGGCCAUGCCUCCCCAUCCUCCCCGCCGCGGUUGAUGCGGCGAGUGCACGCAGUCGCCCGCACCGGGACCCAGGCCGGGUUGCACUGCUUGGCCGCCCGCCCCCGCUUCGGCCUAGCGCGGAUUGCAGAGGGCGCAGCUCCACCGCGGGAACCGGCGAUGUGGCGACACCGCUCCGCCGCCCGGGCCCCCGGCUCGCUGCGCCCCGGCUCUUUAGGAAUCCGGCUUCUCCUUUAAAGUGUAGACAGAUUUUUAUUUAUAACCCUCCCUGCCUUGGGCUUGCUUUUUGGCGCCUGCAUUCACUCCGAAGGCUUUUCCUGAUUUGUAAGCAUCCUUGGUGGCAUACGCCAACAGGCUUUGGAAAUCCACGGUGAUCCUUAGAAUGUGAUGGGAUUGUCCGAAAAGGAUUUCAGAUGCAUGCCAGGUUUCCACUGAUUGCCAGAAAUCAAGAUCACUACACAUGGAUCCCCAAAAUCAGCAUGGCAGUGGCAGUUCAUUAGUUGUGAUCCAGCAGCCUGCAUUGGAUAACCGUCAGAGGCUAGACUAUGAGAGGGAGAUUCAGCCUGCUGCUAUUUUGUCCUUAGACCAGAUCAAGGCCAUCAGAGGCAGCAAUGAAUACACAGAAGGGCCAUCUGUGGUGAAAAGACCGGCUCCUCGAACCGCACCAAGACAAGAAAAGCAUGAGAGGACUCACGAAAUCAUACCGAUUAAUGUGAAUAAUAACUAUGAGCAUAGACCUACCAGCCACCUGGGACAUGCAGGACUCUCAAAUAACGCCAGAGGCCCCAUACUGAGCAGAUCAACCAGCACUGGAAGCGCAGCCAGUUCUGGGAGCAACAGCAGUGCCUCUUCUGAGCAGGGGCUGUUAGGAAGGUCCCCGCCAACCAGACCCAUCCCUGGUCACAGGUCUGAAAGGGCAAUCCGGACCCAGCCCAAGCAACUGAUUGUGGAUGACUUAAAGGGCUCCUUGAAAGAGGACCUGACGCAGCACAAGUUCAUUUGUGAACAGUGUGGGAAGUGCAAGUGUGGGGAAUGCACAGCUCCCAGAACCCUGCCAUCCUGCUUGGCCUGUAACCGGCAGUGCCUUUGCUCCGCUGAGAGCAUGGUGGAGUACGGAACCUGCAUGUGCUUGGUCAAGGGCAUCUUCUACCACUGCUCCAAUGACGAUGAAGGGGAUUCCUACUCGGAUAAUCCUUGCUCCUGUUCACAGUCACAGUGCUGCUCUAGGUACCUGUGUAUGGGAGCCAUGUCUCUGUUUUUACCUUGCUUACUUUGUUAUCCUCCAGCCAAGGGAUGCCUGAAGCUGUGCAGGGGGUGUUAUGACUGGAUCCAUCGCCCAGGAUGCAGAUGUAAGAACUCCAACACUGUCUAUUGUAAGCUGGAGAGCUGCCCCUCCCGGGGACUGGGUAAACCAUCAUGAUUUUUGGAGGUGGGUUGGACCUCCUGAACUUCUCUUGCUUUCAAGCUGUGGCUGUUAAAAAAGAUGCUGUCAGAUACUGGUUUUAUUUUCUUUGCAGUUUUCCCCUGUCCCACCUUUCUCCCCUUCUUUCCAAGGUUUGACUCAUGGAUUGUACUCUUCUCUAAUGGAUGAUCUUCAGUAAGAGUGGACUGUGAAAUGCAUCUGGCUCCCCGUUAUGACAAGAGCCUCUGCCAUCCACUCGAGAGGGUAUUGAGAGCCAGUGGGCUUUUGUGUAGCCUUUUUGUUCUGCAAGCAACUUUCCAAAGUUGUACACGUGAACAUAUCCACACAUGUACACCCAGGCUACAGUGAUUUAGAGCUGUUUUUGAUUGGGUACUCUGGGAACAGGGAAAUUGGUGUUUAAAGAAGCAGCCAUUUAAUUGCUUAAAUAAGCUAUAUAUUAAAUCUGUCUCCAAUUAGGGCUAUCUUCAUAGCAUUAGACACUUAAGUAGCAUGGGAGAUCUGUUUUUGUUACAACGUUAAAAUUCUCCUUUAACCACUGCCCUCUCCUUCUUGAUCCUCAACUUUCUAUCCCCUCAGUUUUGGCUUUAUCCUUUUUAGAGAUGCCAGGGUUUUCUGUUUUGUUUUGUUUUGUUUUUCUGUGUAAUUUUAGGUCUGCUUUACAAUGUAAGUCUUCACAUUGGAGAUAUAUUGGUUGUGUCUUACUCAUCCUUAUUCAAGCUUUCAUAUUUGUGAAGGACUCGACUCCCUCCCUUCCAUACUCCUUGCUUUUCACCAAAUUACUCUUGUCAUUGAGGGCACUUGGAUAACUGAAGUUGAUAUUUAUAUCUGAUCAAUCUAUAGAUGUCACAGAACUAUGCUGCCUGAAGUGAUCUUGGCUCCUUAAUGGUUUUUGGCCACUUGGUUAGUUAACAGCUGGGUAGUUCUAAUCUUUUCUGUUUCAUUGCCUUAACCACAAAUUGUGGUGCUUUUUGUAUAUUUUAUGUAUAAAUCACAAAGUUGAAUUCUGACUAUUUUUAAGACAAAAGUCUGUUAAACUUUUUUAUUGUAAAGAAUAUUUAUUAUGCGAAUCUCUAUUAUUUUAUGAUAUUUAUUGCAAAAGACUGUUGAAAUGUACUCAUGUCUGAAUAUAACAAAAUAUCAAUACGUAACGGAAAAUAAGGUGACACGAAGAAAGUACGUAUGUUAACUAUAAUGCAGAAAAUAUAUUAA